AUGCUGAAAUUCGGGAUUAAAUCUGCUAUACUCGGAUCAGCAGUAUAUUAUACCGUUGAUAAAGGAGUAUGGAAAGAUAGUGCUACAACAAGCGAACUUUAUGAAGAACUUGAAAAUGGAGUAUCUCCUUACGUAGGGGAAUUCAAAAAGCAAAUUCCUUAUGAGCUUCCUCCUCUGCCAUCAAAUGAUAGAUUGACAUAUUUAUGUAAAUACUACUGGAAUAGUGGAGUUAAGGCUACUUUUAGGUUUUUGGUGGAUCUUCCAUCACAUGCUACAAAUGCAGCCACAAAGACAUAUGAUUUUAUUUCAACCUCAUUAGAAACUGCUGAACCUAGUGUUGAUUCCAGUCAAGAGAAGGCAAAA